CAAUCAUAUUACAUCUCUCUCAAAUCUGAUCACAAGUUCAUGACAGACAAGGUAUGCUCAUCAAUAAAAUCAAGUCAUAUUUUCAUUAGGAUUUCUAGUAUCUGCAUCAUUUGAUGCAAGUUGAUCAUGUUGGAUCAGUUCUGUUGCAUGCUGAUGAGAAUCAAUAUCGACUGCAACGGUUGUUACAGAAAAGUAAAGAGAGCCCUUCUUGAUAUGCGAGAACUGGAGACACAUUUGAUAGAGAAAAAGGAGUGCAGGGUGAGCGUGUAUGGUAGAUUUAUUCCACAAGACGUAGCCAUCAAGAUCAGGAAAAAGACCAAUCGCAGAGUCGAAAUACUAGACAUUCAAGAACUUCAAGUCAUCACUAACACCACCAAUGACAAUGAGCAAGAUCAACGUCAAGAACAGCAGAGACCUUUGCUCAGUUCUAACUGGAAUCUCAUAUCCAACAGCUGCGAUAACCGCAUGGAAACUCGUAUACUGAACGAGAAAUACUACUAAAAUCGUCUCGUUCCAUUGGAACAGCAAGAGAUAGCAACAUCAUGCUUCUGUGAUCUUCAUUGUUCUAGCUUGCAUUGAUUGUUGGACUAGUAUGUAUAACUAACUGGUAUGUCACAUUUAGGGUCACGCUAGAUAGACCCAGCAAAUUCCUAAGUAGACCCAGCCCUAGGAGAUCAUGUUUAAAAUUCCAAAUUUACCCUUAGUUAUACCCAACGCAGCAUUCAGAUGUUGUGCCCCCUAAUUAUCACUGGUUCCUUUUGCGUCUGUUUGCUGCAUGUGGUCUUGUAUUAUGCAGUCAAUCUUGUAUUCAAUUGUUGGUUCUUCAUUCAAUUUCCAGAUGUAUAUUUGUUCCAUUCCCUUCUUCAAUGAACAUAUGUAUUUUUGUUC